AUGGAAGAUAUGCUACAUUUUGAGGGUUCCAACCCGUUUCCACCCCACCUACAGCCCUCCGAUGGCAGCCUUUGCCAACUUUUUGAGCCUUUGGGGUCUAUUCCAAUCGAUGACGAGUCAGACACUUUGGGCCAUGAUUCUAUCAAUUUCAAGUCUCCUGAGUUAUUUGCGUCAGGAGUGCUGAACCCGGACGCGUUCAUGUCCCUGGAUGGCCCUAGGCACUAUCAGUCCGUGAGCGAUUCCGUCGCACAUGAGAGGUAUGAAGAGCCUCUGAACCUUCCUUCCGCUGGCGAGGUUUGCUACGAGAGCCCCAAAUCGUCUCGCUACUCGGAAGAUUCGCAGAGUAUCAUUCCAGAACAUUAUGGGCCCGGAUGCUGGCUGUCUGUGUGCUCGCCGUCCGGCCUCGCUUGGGUCCAACAGCGCGCCGGCGCGGACGACUUUGCCAGUAUAGCUGCCGACUUGACUGCAGCGUGGGCAAAGCAACUAAAGUUGGAGCGUGACGAACCGACCCUCCGUAGUCCAGAGCCCGGAGCUGAACUGGCUUGGAGAUAUUCUCAUGCCUAUUUCGAACGAUCCGUGGACUCCCUGUUUGAGGUGGUCUACCGCCCGGAGUUUGAGUGGCAUCUACGUGGUCACCUCGAAAACACAUAUCGCAACGACGAUCCUGCGUGGUAUGCUCUUCGCAACGCCGUCUAUGCAUCGGGCUGCCGGCUUUACCACUCCGCCAAUCACGCCGCUUGUUUCACCAGGAUUCAAGAUGAAGCCUGGCGCUAUUUCUCGAAUGCAUUAUCCGUUCACAGUGAACUGCUGCUGAGGAGCCCUUCUCAACGAGCGGUUCGGGCAUUGUUGGCUAUGGCACUCUUCGCAGAGGGGUUAGGGAGCCCGGCCCUUGGAUCUGGCUUGAUUGCCAAUGCCAUGCUGCUGUCACAGUCCCUGGGCCUGCACCGAAAAGUGAUAGUCCUGGAAUCGGCGCUGGACACCGAGACUCUGAAACGACUCUGGCUGUUUUGGGCGGUAUAUUGCUGUGAAAAGAGCAUUGCACGACGGACUGGUCGUCCCUCCGUGAUCGAUGAUGACGAUAUAGGCUGCGGUAUCCCUACCGUGGUCCACUCAAGGAGCACGAUAGACCCGGCCGCCGUCAGAUGCAUCAUCCGAAGCUGUCAAAUCUCGAGUCGAAUUUGCAAAAGGUUGAUGUCCGUUAGGAGCCUGGAGGGCCAACUUAUGAAAGUCUUGGAUAUCGUGACGGACUGUGACAAGCAGCUCCGAUCCUGGAAAGAUUCGUUGCCAGUCGCCAUACGUCCCCAAGACCGCCUCAAGCAAUUCCAGGUCUCCCGAGAUACGAGCUCGUUGGCGCAAAUACUGCUGCAUUGCUCGUACUACGACCUCGUCAUGGUGUUACACGCACCAUUUGCAUAUCCGUGGAUGACCAAACACUUGUGCUCUGACACAAACACCAAUCUUCGAACGAGAGUUAAUGCUCAGAUUGCUCAAAGCUCGGAAGCGACGGUGGAAGCGGCCAGAAAUAUCAUCGUCAUGGCUAGAAAUUUUGAGAUCAACGGCGCCAAUACCCAUGCGUUCAUGUUGCAUUAUCCCAUGCACGCUUUCAUCAACCUGUUCAUAUACGUCAUCCAGUUUCCACAUAUGAAGUCCGUUCGGACAGAUCUGGCUCUGCUCGACAUGGCGGCGGGUUAUUUCGGCCAGAUGGAUUUCGUCACGGGUUCAAAGCUCAGCUUCCCCUUUGCCCGCGAUAUUGCCACGUUCGGACGGCAGACGGUCGACAGUUACUCUGAACAAUCGGCCAGCUCACCUAGUUGUCGUGAAUCCCUUCAUCGACAGGGUCCCAGUGUCGCCUCAGCGACCAUGCCGGUCAGUCUCCAUCCAUAUUCGAGCUCGAGUUGA